AUGGCGUCGGGACGUAAGCAUACAAAGCGUUCUUCAAAUCUGUCUAUUGAUUAUAAACAGCUGAACGAAUUGUCAUCAGUAACUUUGUAUGAUGGCGUACCUAAAGGAAAACGCUGUCGUCUACAUGAAGUUGAACGAAUACUUACACGCAGAAAAAUACGACACGUAAGUGCUAAACAUGAACUGAAUUUUUAAAAUGAAAUAUAUUGCUUUUUUAUACUAUGGUCUAUGGCAGUGAUAGCACUCUAGCCAGAGUGUAAACAAAGCUAUUAUAGCAUAAUUUUUACAAGUUGAUAUAGCACUCAUCCUUUUGUCCACACACAGGGUCACGAAUAUCUUCUGAAAUGGAAGGGAUGGCCAUUCCACUAUUGCUCCUGGGAGCCAUCUGAGCAUUUGAACCCAAGUCUUUUGAGGUGGGUACUUUGGAAUUUUUGGUAAUUUAUAGAUAUUUGUGUAGGAUUAUUGGAAUCCGGUUUAAUGAUUAAUGUAGUUUUAUUUUAUAUUUGUCAUGUAUGAUAGGAGUUACUUGAAGCCACCAAAACCUGACACUGCUAGGCUAGAAACUGCAAGCCGUGAUUUUCUAAUUGGCAUUCAGACAUGCUUGAAAGGAAAGUCAAUGGCACCCGCAUCCAUCAAUAUGGAUCUCGAUGUGUGGCGUUUCAUAACGUCCAACAGAGGCAUACCAUCACAGCAUAAAGGUUACACGUUGUACCAAAAGGAAGACUUCAAACGUUUUGAGACUUUACCAACUGAUUGGUACUACCUUCUAAAUGAAUUUGGAGAAGGCAAAGCUAUUGAUUUCCCAAUCAAAGCAAGAUCCACAGUUUCGUGGUCUAAAUUAAGGUACCAGCACACCAAUGGCAAGCUACAAAAGUCACCAAGAGUACCUGUUGAAAAAAUUUGUAUUCAUAUUUUAAGGAGAGCAUGUGAUAUUUCUAAUUUAUAAAUUUAUAAAGUGCAUAUGUGUAAUAUAAAUAUUGUUAUAUGCUAGGGCUGGCUUCACCACUGCAAACUGGUCAUGCUAUGUUAAUUUAUCAGCAACUAAAUAGCAUAAACACAAUACAUUUCUAUUAGGUUUGAAUAAUGUAAACAUGACAAAAUUUGCAUAGCAUGACCAAAUGCUAGGGCUGGCUUUGCCACUGUUAGUAGAAUUAUUAUUAAAUUGUAU